CUCCGGGGUCGGGCUCGCGGGGCUGGUGUGGGACUGUGAGAGCGGCCCCUGCCUCGGCAGAAUAGCCCCUCGCCCCAGCCUCGCGGGGCUGGCUGUGGAGCGACUGUUUUGCAUGAUGUUUCGUCUCCUUUAACCUUUUUUUUAGUGUCGCCUUAGUUGGGGGCCUCGAGGGGCUGUUCCCCAGUCUCCUCAGCGACACCUGCUCCCCCGAGGCCUGAGGGUGGCUUAGAGCCCCUUGACAGGCGCGAUCACCGUGGCCUGGAGAGCAGUGACCCGCCCUUGGAGCGGGUUCCCACAGUGGGACCCCCGGACCAGAGGAGGGAGACCCCCGCCCUGGGUGGGCUCUGGGCUCCGGGGAACGAGGGAGGCGAACUCCGCCUGGAGAGUCUGAUGGGAACAGAUUAAUAUUACAAUUAGAAGCUUGUAUCUUUUGCUGGAUAUUGGAAAUUGAAUGUAAUGGCAUCAGAAUUUAUAAAGAGUUGCUGUAAAGGAUGUUUCUAUGGUGAAACAGAAAAGCACAACUUUUCCGUGGAAAGAGAUUUUAAAGCAACAGUCUCAAAUAGUCAAAAUACGACUAUCUGUACACCUCCAUUGACUUCUGUUUCUAUAAAGCCUCAGGUUGGCUGUACUGAGGAUUAUUUACUUUCCAAAUUACCAUCUGAUGGCAAAGAAGUACCAUUUGUGGUGCCCAGGUUUCAGUUAUCUUAUGUUCAGCCCAGGACGCAAGGAACUCCUUCACAUCUGGGAGAACUUGAAGGAUCUGCCAGAGCAUCUUUUGGAGAUCGAAAGGUAGAACUUGCCAGUUCCUUCCAGCAUGUACCUAGCUAUGACGUGUAUAACCCAUUCUAUAUGUAUCAGCACCUUUCACCUGAUCUGAGUCGGCGCUUUCCUCCUCGUUCAGAAGCAACGAGACCAUAUGGAUCAGUUUGUGAUUUAAGGCCCAACAAACUUCCUGGUUCCCCUGGGCUGAGCAGGUCUAUGUUUGAUCUUACCAGUUCACCUCAGCGGUUCAUCCAGAGACAUGAUUCAUUGUCCAGUAUGCCCAGUAGUUCUUCGUCAAGGAAAAAUUCUCAGGGGAGUAACAGAAGCCUGGAUACAAUUACUCUAUCAGGAGAUGAAAGAGAAUUUGGGAGAUUGAAUGUGAAAGUGUUUUAUAAUUCUUCAGUAGAACAGAUCUGGAUCACAGUUUUACGGUGCAGAGAUUUAAGUUGGCCCUCUAGUUAUGGAGACACUCCUACUAUUUCUAUAAAAGGAAUACUAACAUUACCCAAACCAGUGCAUUUCAAAUCUUCAGCCAAGGAGGCCUCCAGUACUAUUGAAUAUAUGGAAACUUUUGUAUUUGCCAUUAAACUCCAAAAUCUACAAACUGUAAAGCUUGUAUUUAAGAUUCAAACCCAGACUCCCAGGAAGAAAACCAUUGGAGAAUGCUCACUAUCACUCAGACCUCUUAGCACACAGGAAAUGGAUUACUCUUUGGAAAUAACACCACUUUCAAAAAUUUCUGUUUGCCGUGCAGAACUUGAAUUGGGAACUUGUUUUCAAGCGGUAAAUAGCAGAAUUCAGUUACAGAUUCUUGAGGCACAGUAUCUCCCAAGCUCCUCAACACCUCUGACUUUGAGUUUUUUUGUGAAGGUGGCAAUGUUUAGCUCAGGAGAGUUGAUUUAUAAGAAGAAGACACGCUUACUGAAGGCCUCCAAUGGAAGAGUAAAGUGGGGAGAGACUAUGAUUUUUCCGCUUAUACAGAGUGAAAAAGAGAUUAUUUUUCUCGUUAAGCUUUAUAGUCGAAGCUCUGUAAGAAGAAGACACUUUGUGGGGCAGAUUUGGAUAAGUGAAGACAGUAAUAACAUUGAAGCAGUGAACCAGUGGAAAGAGACAGUUACAAAUCCAGAAAAGGUUGUUAUCAAGUGGCACAAAUUAAAUCCAUCUUGAAGACUUCACGCAUUCAUUUGGUGAAGAACUUGACCUUCUUUUAGAAGACUUAUGGUUUCAAUUUGCUACCAGUAAGAAGAGACAAAUUAAUACAUUUGUCAAUUCAUUUAUGGAGCCAUAAUUAUAGUAUAUAAUGGAUCUGAUAGAAAAUUAAACUUGAUAAAAAAUGGGAUGAAUUAUAUCAAAUAUCCAAAGUAAAGGGAUUAUUUUAAAACUCUGCCAAAAUAGACAAUAAAUAAAAGGAUAUAGUAUUACUAGCUCAACUAAAUAAAUUAUAAAAUCAAUGAGAAUAUCAACCAUAGAUAGUUCUUGCUAUAUUAUGUUUAUGGGUUUUUUUUAAGCUUUACCUAGAUAUUCAAAAUCUAGUAUAUCAAGUCUCUGUUAGUACUUGUAGACAUUUAGAAGACUUUACCACUGACUGUUUGAGUGCUAGUCAUCAUUGAUUAGAUCUUGACCCUGCUGUUUACCCCAUGCUACAUACUUUCUCUCAGAAGCAAAAGUAAAUUGAAUCACUUCAACUCUUCUGUAUUUGAGGAAAGUUUGUGACCUGUGUUUAUCAUUUCUUACCUGUAAGGCAUCACAUUGCCACUUUGUAAGAUAUUUAUCUCCAAGAAACUUCAGAUACAGAAAACUACAUUUUGACAAGAAUAAAUGAAAACACCAAAAGGUUGAAGUUUAAUUGGAAACCCAGUAUACACACAUUUUGCAUGUUUUCCUCCCUCAAAUAUUUUACUCUUUAUUUUAAUUGGGGUUGAAAUAAGAUUAUCAUCCAUAUGGCCCGUCCUAAUUAGCCAAAUUAAAUGAACUUAAAUAACAAAUUCAAUAUUUUUUGAUAAUCACUUCCUUGUUUUUAGUUUUUUAAAUAUAAAUUGUUCUAUAAUCCACAACAUUGGAGUAUUUUCCCAUGUUUUUAAAUAAUCAUACGUGAUGUAGCAAAAAAAUAUUUUCUAUCGCAGUUUCUCUCAGGUACUCAAAAUCAGUAUGUGGGGAUAAUUUCAGUUUAGUUGGCCAUACAAGCUAUGACCAAAAGGAGCAGCUGUUUGGAAAAACAAAUAAUGCCAUCCCUGGUCUUGGAAAAUUUGACUUUAUUUUUGCUAACGAGUAGACCAAGUGCUCUGUGUUCAAGAUCUUCCACUUUUCUUUCUCUCUUACCUUGUCCCAUGCAUGCCAAGAGAUAGAUGGUGAUAUUUUAGGCCAGAGUUAUACUUGCUAUAGCUUAAGCAUGACCUCUUUAUUUCAGUUCUUACGUUUUGUGUAUCUCUUUAAGAUUUUCCCAAAGAAACACUUAAUUCCCCUUUCCUAGGUACCACCUCCUCAAGCUACAAAAUGUACAUACUUUGCAUGCCCUUUGCCUCUACUGCUUAGAGUGUAUGGUAUUCUGGUGGUGUUGACAGGUGUCUGACAUUGUGCCUUUUCAAAGAAUUUUUUUUAGAUUUGUGAAAAAUGGUGUAUUGGUCAGUACUUACCAUGGAUUUUUAAGAGAAAUCACCUUGUGUGGUAGUGUUUUGAAUCUUUGAGACAAAUGGCAACUAUUUAAAAAAAAUUUUUUUAUAGACUUUAUUUUUUAAAACAGUUUUAGGUUCACAGCAAAAUCGAGAGUAAGGUGCAGAGUUCCCAUACACCCCUUACCCCAAUGUAUGCACAGUGUACCCCACUAUCAGCAUCUCGCACUAGAGUGGUACAUUUGUUAAAAUCAGUGAACCUACAUUGACGCAUCAUUAUCACCCAAAGUCCGUAGUUUACAUUAGGGUUCACUCUUGAUGUUGUACAUUCUAUGGGUUUAGACAAAUGCAUAAUGACGUGUGUCCACCACUAUAGUAUCAUACAGGGUAGUUUCACUGCCCUAAAAUCCUCUUCAAAUGCGACUAUUUUAAUAGCCACCAAAGAAGUAAGUGUAUUGGCUUUUAGAUAAUAAAUGACAGACUUUAUUGUUUUAAAAAAUCUAGAAUUUUAUUUGAGCAGUUUUUUGUGUUCUAUUAAUGCUUUCAGUACCUAAAUUUAUUAUAUGUAGUCAUGUAUUUAACUCAAUUUUUAAUUAUUUUAUUUAAUUUUUAAUAUUUUUGCAAUAUGUCUGUAAUGUAUCAUUUGAGGGGAAGCUAUGACUUCUUGGUUUCUUGUGUGUCUUAGAAUCCUAGGUGAAUAAAACAAUAAAAAGAAAACCUUUUCAUUGAAAAGACCUUUCAGUUAGAGAAGUAGUGACACAACUAAGAUCCCAAAUAUGUCAAUUAGUAUUUACUUAAACUUUUUUUAAGUGAAGAGGUACUGAAUACAAAUGAUAUUCUGGUUGUUUCUUUGAAGCUUUAUGUGGAAAUAUAAAAAGAAACACUCUUCUGUUAAUAGCUAAUAUGAGAAAAAAUUAGAAGCUGAUAAUAAAAAAAUGAGAUACUAUGCAAAAAUCACUUCUCUUAGUAUUUGCUUAGGCAUUUCUUGAUCUUUAGCCACUUACAACAAGAGGAGAACCAAAAUGAUGCUGGUUGACCAGAGAAAGCCAUGGGAGGGUUCACGUUGAUAGCUGACAGUUUGCACAGUGCUAAUCCCUAACAGUGUAUUUAUUUAUAAGCUCUCAGAUUAAUACAAUUAAACAACUGCAGCCCGUGUCAAAACAUAACAUCACUAUUUGGCUUUCAUUUGGUUUUGCAUGAUUUUUUUAGAACUAGAGAAAUUACCAGUGAAGUGUAUCAGUUCCAGCUCUUAACAGAUUGUUAAGAAGGAACCAGUGGGAUUUUGAACAUAUGUAAUUGUGGUCUGCAAAUAGCCUAAAUUGGACUUCUGUUUGGAUACAGUUAAAUGAAUUUCUCUGACACUAAUGUACUGAAACUAUAUUUCCCAGCAAAAAUCUGCUUUGUUUCUUUAAUCAAAUUGCUUAUUUAUGUUUAUUUAAUCAAAUUGCUUAUUUAUGAAGGAUUUCAGGAAUUUGCAAUAAAUUUCACCCUUUUAUAUCA